AUGGAGCUCUUGCAGCAGAGCAGGAGUUAACCGUAAUAUCCUGUGUUAUGUAGCCGUCCGCGGGUGUUAUUAAGCGGAGUAACCACUUCAUUUUAACCUCUUACACACUCCCGGACCGUGUACAGCAUGGCGGUUUUGUGUUUGGCCAGGAGAGCGUUCACGUCCAGCGGCUGUCUCGGUGUUUACGCCAGAAAAUACACCGGUCGGUAUUUGUGCGUAACGUUUCACUCCGGUGUUUCCCGUGUCAACGGGUACAGUCAAGGACAGUCUAGCAGUGUCCCGGGACAGUUUGUGUGCUAUCACCUCCCCCACAGGACCCUGCUCAAAAUCCAGGGUCAGGACACAAGUCCGUUUCUUCAGGGGAUCAUAACCAAUGACAUGGGCCUGCUGGAGGAGCCUGGACUCAGAGCCAUGUACUCACACAUGCUGAAUGUACAAGGAAGAACAUUAUACGACAUCAUAUUGUACAGUCUGAAAACAGCUGAUGCCGAACAUGGCGUCUUCCUGGAGUGUGACAGCACAAUUAAAGACUCCAUCUUGAGACACUUGAAGGUUUACAAGAUUCGCAGAAAGGUCAACAUUAACCCCUGUCCGGAGCUCUCUGUAUGGGCGGUUCUCCCCCAGCAAAAAACCCAAAGUCAAGAGGCCAGUAAACCUGAGAUUUCCUCCCCUGAAAAGGCUCUGGUUUGGCAGACUGAUCCUCGAACUCAGGAAAUGGGCUGGAGAUUGGUGUUAGACAAUCAAACUGAUCCCUGGGAUAUCAUUCCAUCAUGUCAGAAAGGUGACACAGAGGAGUAUCACAGACAUCGCUAUGCUAUAGGACUUCCUGAGGGGGUGAAGGACCUUCCUCCUGGGGUGGCAUUACCACUAGAGUCAAAUCUCGUCUACAUGCAGGGCAUUAGCUUUAGCAAAGGCUGUUACAUUGGCCAGGAGCUCACAGCCAGAACUCAUCACACUGGGGUGGUUCGGAAACGCCUGAUGCCAGUACGCUUGUCAUCUCCAGUCCAAGACCUGGAGGAAGGAGCCGCGCUGCAAACGCAGUUGGGCAAGCCAGCUGGGAAGCACCGAUCAGGGGUGGAAGAGCUGGGUCUGAGCCUAAUCCGCAUGGCUCAUGCCAAAGAGGUGUUGACGCUCAAAUCUUCUGAUGACACCACAGUGACACUUGAGGCCUCUGUGCCAGAUUGGUGGCCUAAAGAUGUGAAAAUCAACUGAAGACAGCGUUGUAUAGCUCCCUAAAAUGUGACAUACAUCACAUCUGACAGACUUGUCAUAGACAGAGCCCUGAAGUACAGUAUGUUACACUGUCAUUGCUUAACAGCUGUGUGGCACUAAUUUAUAUUUGUGAGUACUGUUUUGUUUCCAAUAAAACCUACUUUUAGAGCAAUUUUUCCCAAAUUAUGCUAUUUAAUAAAUCUAUUGCAGAAUUAUACACCAGGAUGUACCAAAUGUGAUAUUAGUGAUAUUAGUGGUUCUUGAAUAAAUAUGCAAAAU